CUCCUCCUUCUCCUCCUCCUCCUCCUCACUGGUACCCAGAGCGACAAACCUCAGUGCAUCAGUGUUUGAUUGUAGCCCGAGUCGUGUAGCUGUUCCGCUGCUCCUGAACUGGUGAACCGAACCGAGCCGAACCGAACCGCGAGGAACCCGGCCAACGCACCGGGAUGGACCCCGAGCUGGAGUCGCGUUUCCAGCUGUGAGGAGCGGAGCAGGAGCCUGGAAAGCCCCGGAGGAAAGCGGAGGAGGUGGCGGGGGGGAUCCGGGGGACAGAGCCAUGGCGACUGGCGGCGGCGGCGGCGGCGGCGGGGCGGCGCGCAGGCGGAGAGCCGGGAUCCCCGGGUUCUGCUGGAAGACCUGCUGCUUCCCGCUGCUGCUCUGCGUGGUGUCGGUGUGCGGGGAGGAGAAGACCUUCAUAGUGGAGACGUGGCUGAAGAACUACGGCUACCUGCUGCCUCAUGACGUCAGGACGUCGGACCUGCGGCAGGAGAAGGCCAUGCAGUCCGCCGUGGCGGCCAUGCAGCGUUUCUACGGGAUCCCGGUGACGGGAGUCCUGGACGAAACGACCAUAGAGUGGAUGCGCCGGCCUCGCUGCGGCGUCCCCGACCAUCCUCACACCAGCCGGCGCCAGAGGAACAAACGCUACGCGCUGACGGGGCAGAAAUGGAGGGAGAAGAGGAUCAGCUACAGAAUAUCGAACUACACCCCCAAGGUGGGGGAGAAGGAGACGCACCGAGCGAUCCGCCAAGCCUUCAACGUGUGGCAGGCUGUCACUCCGCUCUCCUUCCAGGAGGUCCCGAACUCAGACGUGGAGAGUGACGGGAAAGACGCCGACAUCAUCAUCUUCUUCGCCUCUGGUUUCCAUGGCGACAGCUCUCCGUUUGAUGGCGAGGGGGGAUUCCUGGCCCACGCCUACUUCCCGGGCGCCGGCAUUGGAGGAGACACCCACUUCGACUCUGACGAGCCGUGGACGCUGGGAAACGCCAACCAUGACGGUAAUGACUUGUUCCUGGUGGCGGUGCAUGAACUAGGCCACGCUUUGGGUUUGGAGCACUCCAACGACCCCAGCGCCAUCAUGGCUCCCUUCUAUCAGUACAUGGACACGCACAACUUCAAGCUGCCGAUGGACGACCUGCAGGGCAUUCAGAAAAUCUACGGGAUCCCCACCCCCAUGUUGGAACCCACCCGGCCGUUGCCCACGCUUCCCUCCCGACGGACUCACUCCACCUCGGAGUGCCAUCCGGACCGGGUCGCCCGGCCGGGUCGGCCCCCUGGCGACCGCCCCGCUCUGCCCGGCAACGGAAAGCCCAACAUCUGUGACGGGAACUUCAACACUGUAGCGUUCUUCAGAAAGGAACUGUUCGUUUUCAAGGAUCGCUGGUUGUGGCGUCUGAGGAACAACAAGGUCCUGGAGGGCUAUCCCAUCGAGGUGGACCAGUUCUGGAAGGGCCUGCCGCCUCGCAUCGACGCUGCCUACGAGAGAUCCGACGGAAAGUUUGUCUUCUUCAAAGGUGACAAGUUCUGGGUGUUUAAGGAGGUGAAGGCCGAGCCGGGUUACCCUCAGAGCCUCAGGGAGCUGGGCAGCUUCCUCCCCAAAGAUGGCAUCGAUGCCGCCGUCCGCUGGGAGGUCGUCGGGAAAACCUACUUCUUCAAAGGAAACCAGUACUGGCGCUACAAUGAGGAGAAGCGGACGGUGGACCCGGGAUACCCGAAGCCCAUCAGUGUGUGGGAUGGAGUCCCCGACUCUCCACAGGGAGCCUUCACCAGCAGAGAGGGAUAUCACACCUACUUCUACAGGGGGAAGGAGUACUGGAGGUUCGACAACCAGAAGUUGACGGUGGAGCCUGGAUAUCCAAAGUCCAUUUUACGAGACUGGAUGGGCUGCUACCAGUCCGAGAUGGAGCGAUCCGGCAGCAACCGCGGAGACCGGCAACUGCCGCUUGACGACGUGGACGUCAUCGUGACCAUCAACGACGUCCCCACGACCGUCAACGCCAUCGCUGUGGUGAUACCAUGCAUCCUGUCGCUCUGCAUCCUGGUGCUGAUCUACACCAUCUUCCAGUUUAAGAGCAAAGGGUCGCAGCAGAACACGAUGAUGCAGCAUUACUACAAAUACCCGGUUCAGGAAUGGGUAUGACAGGGGACCAGAACCCCAAGCUGUUGUCAUUUUCAGCCAACAGAACUGGACCGAAAGACGCUGCCAGCUGGAGAGAGAAAAUCUGAACUUUGAGACAAAGAGUUUAAAAGAAAUGUUCGUAUUUGGGGAUGUUAAAACCAAACUGGGUUGACAGUAAAAUAAAGUCCAGAGUGAUGUGGAGCGA